GGGACAGGGUCCGGCCGCCAUUUUGAAAGUCUAUAUAACACGUAGCCGUUGGGUCUGCUCCUGCUCGUCCGGCGCCUGCUCACCGCUUUUCCCUUCGGGUCGCCUUCGUGGGCCAUGGACGGCAUUGUCCAAGAUAUAACAGUUGGUACAAAGCGGGGAUCUGACGAACUUUUCUCUACUUGUGUCACUAACGGACCCUUUAUCAUGAGCAGCAACUCUCCUUCUGCAGCCAAUGGGAAUGACAGCAAGAAGUUCAAGGGUGACACCCGGAGUGCCGGCGUCCCAUCCCGUGUGAUCCACAUCCGCAAGUUGCCUGGUGACGUCACGGAGGCGGAAGUGAUUUCCUUGGGGCUUCCCUUCGGCAAAGUCACCAACCUCCUGAUGCUGAAAGGGAAGAACCAGGCUUUCAUAGAAAUGAACACAGAGGAGGCAGCAAACACCAUGGUGAACUACUACACCACCAUCACGCCCGUCCUCCGGAGCCAAGCCAUCUACAUCCAGUUCUCCAACCACAAGGAGCUCAAGACUGACAACUCUCCGAACCAGGCGCGGGCUCAGGCCGCCCUCCAAGCGGUGAAUUCAGUCCAGUCCGGGAACCUGGCUCUGUCUGCUUCCGCUGCGGCCGUGGACGCUGGCAUGGCUAUGGCCGGCCAGAGCCCCGUCCUGAGGAUCAUUGUGGAAAACCUCUUCUACCCUGUGACUUUGGAUGUCCUCCAUCAGAUUUUCUCCAAGUUUGGCACUGUGCUGAAGAUCAUCACUUUCACCAAGAACAAUCAGUUCCAAGCCCUCCUGCAGUAUGCCGACCCCAUGAGCGCCCAGCAUGCCAAGCUGUCUCUGGAUGGGCAGAACAUCUACAACGCCUGCUGCACCCUCCGCAUCGACUUCUCCAAGCUCACCAGCCUUAACGUCAAGUACAACAAUGACAAGAGCCGGGACUAUACUCGUCCGGACCUGCCUUCAGGGGACAACCAGCCUUCCCUUGAUCAGACCAUGGCCGCUGCCUUUGGUGCACCAGGGAUCAUUUCGGCCUCACCUUACACCGGGGCUGGCUUCCCCCCUGCUUUCGCCAUCCCUCAAGCUGCAGGCCUCUCAGUCCCCAAUGUCCACGGGGCGCUGGCUCCUUUGGCCAUCCCGUCCGCAGCCGCUGCCGCAGCUGCCGCAGGACGGAUUGCCCUUCCCGGCCUCUCCGGGACAGGGAACUCUGUCCUGCUGGUUAGCAAUCUGAACUCGGAGAGAGUUACGCCCCAAUGCCUCUUUAUUCUUUUCGGGGUCUAUGGUGAUGUCCAGAGAGUGAAGAUCUUGUUCAACAAGAAGGAGAACGCCUUGGUUCAGAUGGCAGAUGGCAACCAAGCCCAAUUGGCCAUGAGCCACCUCAAUGGCCACAAACUGCAUGGGAAGCCCAUCCGGAUCACGCUCUCCAAGCACCAGACUGUGCAGCUGCCCCGUGAAGGGCAGGAGGACCAGGGCCUGACCAAGGAUUAUGGCAACUCCCCCCUCCACCGCUUCAAGAAGCCCGGUUCUAAGAACUUCCAGAACAUUUUCCCUCCAUCGGCCACUCUUCAUCUCUCCAACAUCCCGCCUUCAAUCAUUGAAGAGGACAUCAAGCUGCUGUUCUCAAGCAACGGAGGCAUUGUGAAAGGCUUCAAAUUUUUCCAGAGAGAUCGCAAGAUGGCGCUGAUCCAGAUGGGCUCUGUCGAGGAAGCCAUCCAGUCCCUCAUUGACCUCCACAACCAUGACCUCGGCGAGAGCCACCACUUGCGUGUCUCCUUUUCAAAAUCUACCAUUUAAGCGCCUUUUAAAAAGAAAGCAACAAUAUGGCGAUGGCAGCAACGUGACUGAUAAAACAACGAAUCGCAAUUGUCAACUGCCGCCGUUGCCGCCCUUCUUCAAGGGUCCGGCUUCUUGAUUUUUUUAUUAUUUUUGUUUUUAAAGGGGCUAGCCCACUGAUGCGGGCGAGACCAACUUCUAUCAUUCCAGGGGAGGGGAGGGGAAGCCACUUUACAAAACAAAACAGCACAAGGGAGAGAAAACGAAUGCAGCAGAAGUGACCUUAAAAAGACAACAGAUGUUUUAUUUUUCUAAAGAAAAGUGCAGUUUACUAGGCCUUUUUUUCAAAAUCCAAUGUUGAUGUGUCAGAAUCCUUUGACCAAGGGAAAAGAAAUCAAAUGAAAUCCAUUACGCUGGAGAAAAAGUUAACGUUCUUGUUGGGGAGCCGAGACACAAAGAUGGCACCCACUCUAGAGCGUAGUAUUGCCUUCACAAGGUUAGCUUUCGGCCUUGGAAGCUCCCCAGUCUUAAGUUGUCUGAUGCGUUGUUAGCAUCAGCUCUGAAUUUUCUCUAAAUGCCGCUCAGCCUUUUGCGGGAGGGGGGGCAGAUGAGGAAAGGCCUUCUUUUCCUCAGCCUAUGCGCCCAACUAACCUCAUGGUGCCUUAGAGAAAUUAAAAUUCCUCAUUUGGAUUGUUAGGAAAGUUACAAAAGGGCUGUGGGACGUUAUGAAUCACAUGCAGUGAAGGAAAGGGGAGACAAGCGGCUUUUUUGUCUCCUCCAUUUCCGGCGCUUAACGUUGCCCCCAUUGUGGCCUAAGCUUAGCUUCCCUGCAGGGUGAAAAUACUUGAUCAGAAA